AUGCACACAAGCUUGAGAUUUCAGGAUAUAAUCGCCAUGGUUAAACGGCUUUUCAUUGAUACUGAUGAUGUAUGGUCGGAGUUAGGGGCGGACUUCAGGGAACUAAGAACCAAACAAUGUAAAUCACAUGCUGGCUCAAGUCCCAAUUCUCCCUUGCCAGCUUCUACCCCAAGCCCAACACCGCACCCUGAUCCAAUCGAAAGCGUUGCUUUCUCGUCGAUAAUAACGCAUACCGAUGACACACCUUUAGUCGACCUUUUCGAUCUAUCAAGGUCCCCCUCUCCACUUUCGACACUCAGCUCUGCCUCUACCGAUAUCUGCAUGUUCGAAGAACCAGCUGAAAUAGAGAGUAUGAUGGCCCCCAAGAACUAUGUCAUGAAUUUUUGUACCAUCAGAUUCAGCAAGACGUACUAUCUAGACUUCCAAAUACCCCGGACACAUCGCGACCCAUACUUCGAUCUUACCCAGGACCCAAUUUUUUGGCCCGAGUUUUUUUACUACAAUCACAACUAUAAUCACACUAAGAACGCUAUUCCCUACAUUCGACGCUGUCUCCGCUUGAUGUACGAAAAGACUGGGGAUGUGAGCAAUGUGCUUGCUGCUCUUGUAUUUGCUUGGACAUACGACGAUGAUUCAGCAACUGCCGGCUUUUGGGCAAGGCUCUACGAACAGAUUAUGGCAAUGUUGCCUUUCGAAAACGCAGCUGGCCAAGAGAUCGUUUACAUAGGAGGAUUUGAGAUGCCAGGCGGUGUAAGGAUAGCCUGCUGGAACAAAGCGAUGCAGGAGUUCUUCGAAGAGAAAGGUCAUUUAGGCGAGUUUGUGUAUUUUGCAGUCACUUCUAACCAUGGGUUUGAAUGGCUUCAAAGAAAGUCGGCAGAGGAAAUAUUGGAAAGGGAGCAGAUGGAGAGUGAAUGGGUAGUCGAGUUACCAAGAAACGAAUACUAUUGUUAA